GUCGCUUCGUCUGUCGCUUCGUCUGUUGGAUCAACUGGGAUGUCCAUUUCGCAGGCCCUUCCUCCGCGCGCGUUUCGGCCCUGGCCAAUUGGUCGUUCCGCCUCGUCUCCGAGAUCCGUGAAUGUUGCGGCCCUCCUCUCUGUCGUCCUUCAUCUCCCCCAUCAAUCCUCCGGCCGAUUUGCAUGCUGGCAUGCCACCAAACCCCCCUGUCUUUUCGGUGGAUGGGCGGGCCAGCCCUACAAAAAUCCUGGAUGAGGAGGCUCUCCAGAUCCUCCGGCUCCGUCUCGACCAACUCGAUUACAGAGAGCAUCUUUCCGCCGAGUGUGUCCCCCUCGUUCGACGGCUCCUUGCUGAUCUGGUCCAAACCACAGAAUCCAGCCGUAACCUAAGAACGCAGCUCGAGCUAGCCGAGCGAGAAAAGGCCCAGCUCCAGGAUCAGACAACUCCACUACGCAAUGAAAUCGCCCGUCUCACCGAUGAAAACAACCAUUUGCACAUGGAUCUCAUCCGGCUCGCCGAUGAGCGGGACGCUCGGGAUCGGAAAGUUCAGCAGGCUGCAAGACGGGGCGAGGCCGAAAGGGCUGAUCUCCGGUUCAUGGUCUCUCAGUAUCUCAACAAAGCUACUCUUGAGCAGAAGAAGGCAGAGGAACAGCGGAUACGAGUCGACGAGCUCUUCAGUCGAAUGGGCAUGUUCAGCCAACCGGCCGCCCCAGGAAAGCCUUCCAAGGCAAAAUCUGAUAAGAUAUUCCAGCGGCUCCAGCGGAUCGAUGUUGAAACAGGACUCGAACCCCUCGAAGCUUCCCCUUCGCCCUUCCCUCCCCCCAACCCAGCUGUUGCAGACAUGCUCCGUCUGAACGAGGGACGGAUGGAAAUGCUAGAGCAGUCUGAAAAGGAUCUCAAGGCCAAAAAUGCCGAUCUGGAGAACGAGAUUGAGCUGAUCCGUGAGCAGCUUUCAAAACGUGAGCAAGAAAUCCAACGUCUUGGGACUGAGCUCGAAGUUUGCCGAGCCCAGCAAUUCGGGACUGUGCCGGAAGGAACUCUGCCUUUGUCAUCCAUCAAGGACCCAGGUACAUCCGAGACUGCCCUCAUCAACGACCUUCCGGUCGCGCGGCAACGCAUAGAGCAGCUCGAGAUGCAGAUUGAAUAUCUCCAGGAACACAUCGAUGAGCUGGAAAAGGAACUGGCCGGCCAAGAAGGAGAAAAAAUGAAUAUUUUUGCGGCGUUUGACGAGGAAAAGAGGCUCCUCAACCAAGAUCUCCAGAAGGAGAAAAGUAGGAGCGAAGGACUUGUGCGCAAUCUCAACCGCUUGGAAUCUAUGGUCCAAGAUCUGAGCAAAAGCCGUCCCGAUGGUCGGUCGCCUUCCCCAAAGCAUGAUACUGCUGACGGCCCGAUCCGCAAGAGUCCCCCUGCGCUUUCCCAGCCGAUCCGGGCACAGAAUAUGGAGGAGCAGCUUCAUAAAUCCAACGAGUCUCUCCAAAAAACUGCGUCGGAUCUUUUGACGUUGAGAACAGAUUUCGAAUACGUCAACAAGGAAAACACAUCUCUUCGCGGAUCGCUGGCAGAGGCCCACGCUCAUAUCUCCCAGCUGACGAAAGAGCUGUCAGAGCUCAAAGAUCGAAUCAUAAAAGACCCCGCCGUUGGCAUUCCAGAUGUGAAUGCUGUACCCACGACCAGUCCCGAAGCACGAGCAUUGGUUUCUAAAGUCCAAGACCUUGAAAGAAAGGCGUGGAUUAUGGAGAACGACAAAAGGGUUUUGGAAAACCAGAUCAAGUCCAUGCAAAGUGAGCAACUAGACUGGGAGGGCCACCGCACCCGCGCCACCGCCCUUCAAAAGGAGCUCACCGUUGUUCAAAAGCAAAUGAAUAAUGCGCUGCGAAAUCUCGAACAGUCAGAAGCUGCCAAACAAGAGAUAAUGGGACGAUUCAACGCUGCUUCCGAAGAUGCAAAUGCGUUGCGGCAAGAGCGCAACAAUCUUGUAAAGGCUCUUCAGUCUUUCGAACAGCAGCUAGCAGAGAUACAGGCGUGCAUCGUCUCGGUGGCCGAAGAGCGUGACAAUAUGGUGUUGCUCUACGAGCAGGUUAAUCAAGAGCUCCAGCUUCUCCGAGUCCAAACUGGACGGAGUCCUGCGGAGCCGCCAAAAUCCCGGAUACCGUUUCCUCCUCGGGCCCCAGUCGCGGUCGAAAGCUGUCGCGAGCAUGCUCAACAAGAACGUAUCCGAGACCUCGAGGACGAGAUCAGCAGACUCCGAUCUGACAUUGAGGCCAUUCUUGUCAAGCAACGUGAGCAUAGUAUUGCCACACAAGAUGCAAUUGCCGAUCUCGAGGAGGAAGCCCACCGACUCAAGGCUGAACUCGAAGCCCAACUCAAGAUCAGUGCGGGACUCGAAAAUGAAAUCGCCGACUGGAAGAACCAGGUGGUGAGACUCAAGAACGACUCAGACAACCACAUCCUCACUAUCGAAACCUACCAAAGGAAGCUUGCUAAUGCCGAAGGCGAGCGGGAUCGCACGUCUGGCCAACUGCGCGAACUGCGCUCACGCCUUUCGGAGACAGAGAUCAAGCGUGACCGGGCUUAUUCGAACUACGAGCGGCUCUGUAGCGAUGUCGACGAGCUGGAACAGCGGGCGAAAGACCAGCGCGCUCUGUUCGACCGAAUUGAAGGCGAACGCGAGCUCUUCCGCGCUGAAAAGAUCAAAUAUGGCGAGCGUAUCGCCGAGCUGGAGAACGAGAUCACAAAGCUCAAGGCUGUGGCUGCACUUGCAGAACAAGAUGCGCAUCAGCUCCGAGACGCUUUGGAUUCACUCAACAAGCAAGCAAGCACGCAAGAGCAAGAUCUUGGCAGCGUGCAUCGGCAACUGGACGAAAUGGUUCUUGAGCGAGAUCACUAUGCGUCACAUAUGGAGCUGGAGGCCCAGAAGCUCGGGGCCGAUCUUGCAGCACUCAUGAAGGAAAAUCAAAUAUUGAGCUCGGAGCUCUCCAAGACUGCCACGACUCGCGAUGAUUUUGAAAUGGAGCUGAGAGAGUGCGAGAGACAGAUCCAACAUCUGGACAACCUUAUCCGAGACCGAGACCAAGAGAAGGACCAGUUGAUGAAAGCCUAUCGUGAACUAAUCUCAACGCAUGAGAAGCUCGAGAUCCAUGCAAAGGUUGGCACCGAAGAAACUGGAGAGCUGAGAAUGGAGAUGGUGUUCCGUGACAAGAAGAUCCAGCAGCUACAGCAGGCAUUGGACCAAACGGCUGCCGAGAUCGGACAGUACAAAGCAGAUCUGAAUGCCUUCGAGAAGCAGUGUGCAAACCUCACAAGAGCUUUGGCUACAGCCGAACGAACGAUCCGCCACGUCGAGUCCGACAAGGCUCGCCUGAUGAGAGAGAUCGGUGCUGCCAAAGACCUCUCUCUGAACAUCGAACGGGCCAAAGAAGAAUCGCAGCGACAAGUGACCACGCUCUCGAUGGAGAUGGAGCAACUCGCCAACACCCUGCGCGCGCUUGAGGUUGAAAAGGAAGGGCUGUUGAAUCAAGCCAGAUCCGACAAGCUGAAGGUCGAGCGACUUGAGCGGCUCCUCGCGCUCGAGAGAACCAAGAAAAUCAACAGCGACAAGUCUGCGCAGGAGCUCCAGAGUGCUCGAGAAAACUUGGACGAGCAGCUUCAAAAAGUGAACCAAGAACAGGCCGAGCGCAUCCUGACCUUGACCAAGGACUUGAUUGCGGCCAAGGCGCAGGCCAGCGAAGGCGCGUCGCGGAUUUUGAGCCUCGAAAAGGACUGGCAGUCGAAGGAAGAAGAAUGCUCCAAAUUGACAAAACGCGUGCAGCGACUUCUGGAGGAAAUGUCCAAUAAGGAUCGGAUCAUUGACGGCCUACUUAAUCCAGGAACUUCGGAUACAAGCACAAGCCUCGGUAUGGACCAGAGGCUAAAAGGGGAGAUUGAGAAUGCACAGCGCCAACUCCGCGAAUACGAGCACAAAAUCGCGUUGCAUCGGACACGGGAGACGAAUAGCGCCACAGAGGGCGGAACGACGUCAAAAGCCCAGGACUCUUCUGCCCUUCCGAUCUCGAGUUUGAGCCUCGACAGGGACCGCUCUCCAUCUCCGCCGUGGUUCUCACGAGUCGAUCGCAGCAUUGCGGGCGACGGUCAUCCAAAGAGGGCCUCAAGUCAGUAUGGUCUCGAGCUUCGUGCUCAGUCAAACCCUGGACUAAACGACCGGCCUUCGAGCACCAAAGGCGACUACAAGAUCAGCCCGCUGUUGGAUACAAUCGUCCAGGUCAGCGAGCAGCUCAAGUAGCGACGAGACAGCGCGAUGUCGUCCUGAUGACCUACUGGAUGUCAGUGGAUGGCAAUCGCACCAUAAGCAUAGGAUCCACAGCCAAUACAGUGAGCAUCCACUGC